CUCAAUUUAUGUACACUUAAUCAUGUUUCCGUUAAAAAACUGCUUGCGCUUAAAUAGGAAAGUAUCUUCUGCCGGAUGUCUUUUGCUAUCAGUUUUCCUCCAAUUUUUAAUAGUGACAUGUUUCGUUGAAGCGGGCCCAGUACUAAGUCGUCCUGGAUAUGACAUCUGUUAUUCCGAGGCCUGCAAUAUAUCAGCUGGGGAGUACCUGAGGAACAUGAACCCUAACGUGCCUCCCUGCACCGAUUUUUACGAGUUUGCUUGCGGAAAUUACAAAAAUUACCACCAAGUGGACCCCGUAUUUGGCGAGAUUAGCUACAUGAUGGAAAUGGAGAAAUCUAAGAACAGAGCAUUAGACGCAAUCCUAUCUCGACCAAUUGCCUCUGGAGAUAUCGAAGCUCUAAGAAAGGCAAAACAAUUCCAUCAAUCGUGCAUCGAUGAAGGUGCACUCGAAAACAUAGGAUUAUCCGAAUUAAAGUCUACAUUAUCCGAACGAGGAGGUUGGCCCGCAGUGACCGGAUCUUCAAGAUCAAGUAUAAAUGUUCUCUCUUGGCAACAAAUUGACGAGGUCUAUCUGACACUCGUUGGCGAAUCGGCCUUUUUUAAGUUUAGUGUCGAAAUUGACAAGGAAGAUAAAAGCAAAUACAGCUUUGUGCUGAAACCUCCUCUGUUUGCCGUACCGGAUUAUAUGCUGAUUUAUCCUGCAACGUAUAGCGAUGAACUAGACAGAUACAGUGAAUUUAUUAUUGACGUCAUUACGAAACUUUUAGAGAAACCUACCUCAGCAGAGAGGAUAAAAAAAGACGCGGAAAAUAUAGUGGCAUUCGAAGUUAAAUUAUCGAAAAUUAAACGAAAGAGGGACUCUCAUUAUGCAGAAUUUACGCGUCUUGUACCAUCCAUGUUCCAAAUGCUUUACGAGGAAGAAUCCCCUAGAUCUGAUAGAUCAACAAUAAACUGGAUAAACAUGUUACGUAAACUUCACGGAAUUACAAACGUGCCCUUUACUACUGGAAGAGGGAUAUUGGUAAAUGAUCAAGAUUACUUUAUGGAAUUAGGAAAAGUGCUGGACCAAACACCGGCCGAUGUUUUGGUAAAUUACGUUCACUGGAAAUUCGUAUAUCACACAAUGUCAUUCACAAAUUAUGACAUGAGGUCGCUUCUUCGUAACUUUCGGGCGGAACUGCUACUAAAUUGGCCUGAAGAAUCGAGGGCCUUGGAGUGUCUCAAUUUAAAUCCAGCGUAUGAUGCGGCGGUGUUUCAAUAUUUGCAAACGGUUGACAUAAUAAAGCCGAACGAAGAAGCGCGAAAGAUUAUUGCAUAUCAUAAGACACAAGUGUAUAAACAAAUUAAUGCAGCGAGUUGGCUGGACCGAAUUACAAAGGCAGCAAUGAUAAAAAAACUCGAAAGAAUGGAAGUAUUUAUUGGACAUCCUGAGUGGCUUCAAAAUCCAUCUGCUGUUAAUGAACAUUUUCGUAGGUUUACAACAGGGACGAGUUUCUUUAAAAAUUACCAAAGCACGAAGAAGUUUCUUGUGGAAAAAUCCCUACAACUUUUACAGAAGUCAGUAAAUAAACGAUCAGAGGAAUUCAUAUGGUCUAGCGGUGCCACCAUGGUAAACGCACUCUACAAGCCAUUUGCAAACGCAUUAGUUGCCCCUGCUGGAGUAAUGCAGGCUCCCAACUUCAUGGAGAAUGUACCAAAAAUUUUGAAUUUUGCUGGCAUUGGUUUUAUAUUGGCUCAUGAGUUAUCCCACGCCUUCGAUAAAAAUGGAUUUCAACAUGAUUUCGAGGGUUCACCUUUGGUGUUGCCAGAACGAACGAAUCAAGCCCUUAAUAAUCGAGCACAGUGCUUUAUUAAUCAAUUCAAUGGUUACCAAUACAAAGAAUUGGAAGUGUUCGGCGAAAUCAAGUUUGCUAAUGGUCAAGAGACUUUGAAUGAAAAUAUAGCUGAUACGUCUGGUAUGCAUACUGCUUACGGUACUUUUCGGCUACGUGCCAAGGAUAAGUUUAGACAUUACCAAAGAUUACCUGGUUUAGACAAUUUCACCGACAAGCAGCUGUUCUUCUUAGCCUUUGCUAAUAUUUGGUGUGAAUAUUUGACGCCAGAGAAACUUCGGUUCACAUUGACUCUUGCAGAAUCACAUAGUUCUUCAAGACACAGAGUAAACGGAGUUUUAUCCAACAUGAAAGAGUUUGCUAAAGCUUUCGAAUGUCCACCGAAUAGCCCUAUGAAUCCAAAUCAAAGGUGCAACGUAUGGACAUGAACACGUUAAACAAAAAGUAACAAUUAUUGUGAUCUGCAACAAUAAAGUUUUACAAUUAUUCACAAAUAAAGUUUUCUCUAGCAUUUAACGAAACGAUUACAUUUCUAAGUUUAUGUGGCAUGUCUAUUGAAUUCAAUAUUAAAGGCUAAAAAUAUUUACUCCCGAG